UCCCGAACAAGAGCUCCAACCUGUGGAAAGACGGGAUGCUGCUGCUACAUCUGAUUUAAUCGAUUUAUCGUUGGGCCAAACCUCGAAUUUAGAAAGGCCCUCUCUGCCGUCUCCGACAUUCUCCCCUGCCAGCCAUGAAAUGCAAGAUGUCCAAGACAGUGUAAUCGGAUCGACAGCAGUCACCGAGCAGAGCACCGCUGAGAUGACACAAUUUCUCGUCCGACACAACUACACAACACCCGAGACGCAUCUACCUGUCUGGUCUCGUACAACCGGCGGACCAAUCUCGCAGCGCUUUCUUUGGCACUUCUUUGUUGUCGGCUUCCUGAAGAAAUUUCUCUGCUUCGAACCCCAAGAAGUCGGACACCAAUCAUCAUUUGAGGAUCCCUUUUUAGUCUUGUUUCCGCAACUGGCACUGACAAGUCCGUGUCUCCUCGCAGCCGUGCUUUCUUUCUCCUUGCAGCAAUACGCUGCAUACAGAGGGACACAAACCAUAUCUAUCUCUCCAGACUACUACAGCUCUCAAGCGAUACAGGCUUUGACCAAGCGCGAGCUGGGUUCUAUGCAGCCAAAGAUGUUGCUAUCCAUUAUCGCAACGGGCGUGUUUCUCCAUCUAGGUGAACAAGACCGGAAACAGAACUGCCUCGAGCUUGCCAGAAGCGCAGCAGCCUACCUCGCGGACAUCGCAUCAAGUACACCUCUUGCAUCGAGCCAAGAGUACCAGCUCAUCAUGGCGCUGCUUCGCUGGGCAGAUAUCUCAACUUUAUGUUCAUUACAGGUGCGAACUACUCCAGUCACGAAGGGAAUACACAGAAGCAUACAGCUCCGUCAGCACGAGGUACAUGAGAACUUCUCUCGCGUCUUCAGCCACUGGGUCACGCAUCCUAUCUUUGGCUUCUCGGCGCAUCUCGUCAAUCCGCUACUCGAGCUCGGUCGGUUACUUCAGCUGCAGCUUCGGUGCUUUUCCUCGAUCGGUAACGACGGCGGCUCCUUCGACGUCGACGAAGCAGCCCAGGCCACGGCGCUUGAGGAUGAUAUCCUCACCGCCUCGGGAAAUUUCCACACAUGGUGUCAGUCUAAGGACUUGAACGAUUUACAACCGCUUGUGCAUCUCAAUGCCGCUAUGCAUGCGUCCACAGAACUCCUGUUCUACUCGCGAUUGAGAGGUUUUCCGUUCACUGCGCCCCUCAUCCGGUCCUACGUGCGACAAAUUUUAGAUCAUGUGUUGCAAGUCCCACAAAACUCGCCAGCCUUUGGUGCGCUUCUGUUCCCGCUCUGCGUAGCGGGAUGCGAAGCAGUCGACGAAGAUCUGCGGGCCGUGGUUGUACUAAAGGUGCUGCUGCUGCAUCAGGGAACUGAACAGCCGGAAAUGCUGGUCAGGAUGUUGAAACAGUUGACGAAAAAUACCGAGCUACUAUAUGGUUUUGAAGCCGACUCGUAGCUCAAGGAACAGAAACUUCCUUCGAUGCUGUCUUACUAUCGGUGUGAGACGUCAUACAGUUGACUUCAUCCGAGUUGUCGAGACCCUGGAUAAUGCACUCACCGUUCGAUGGUGUGACAUAGAGAUUGUAGUGAUCCUUACCGUAGGAAAACCAGCAAAGGACCACGGACAAGAGAACGGUGCCCGUGCAGACACACGCCCAAUUCAUACUGUCCACCUGCAGAGAGCUCUCGGGCGGCAAUGAAAAAGAGAUUGCUUGGAAAA